AUGUCUUUCAUAGACGUUCCACAAACUGUGGGAGAGCCGGAACGAAAGAGACUGCGCGCACAAGGACACCACGGCUGGGCACUGUCACUGUCACAGCUGUCUCCAGUCACUGGUGGUGCGAAUGGGCCGCAUGGAGGCCUUAUAAGAGGCUGUGAGCCAGCGCGCCAGUACAUUGUCGUCAGGGUGGCAGUAGCACAUCUGCCGGAAGUUCGACCAGCGCGGCUGGCUCUCAUUGCGGGCACCUGCCGGGGACAGGCUUUGCCCUACAACGUUGCCGAGACUGCGGCACGAUUUCAGGCGGUGCUGUACCAGUCAACAGUGGCAUCCGACAUCGAGAUCCUGGAGUUCGUCACUAUACGCUACGACGACGGAGUCUGGUUGCCAUCCGCAGGGCAGUUGCCGGGUUUCGACCGUCGCUGCGAUGACCGGCCGACCACCGAGCAGGUCGAGAAGUGGUGUGAAACCAACUGCAUCCGACUGCUGGCGUUCCUGCGGAUGCGCUCCGAGUUCAAGUCGGUGGAUUUCAACCUCUACAAUGCCGCGAACGCCAUGAACACGUGGUCCACUUGCCCUUCUGCGCACCGGGGUCUCCUGCUGGCUCGGGCCGUCGACAAGAUCGAGGGGCUGCCGCUCACGGAGGGUGGUCGCGAGCUGGCCCGGAAGGUGGUGCUGAGCACCGAAUAUUUGGCGCGAGAUUUCGUGCUGGGCGUGAACCUGACAGGCUACCUGAUGAGCGGAACCAGUUAUGCGCCGUGGUUCCACAUCGGCAAAGUCUAUGCUGCUGUGAAGGAGAAGUUUCCCGACAUUCUGCAAGUGAUGGGCGAGCCACCUCCGUCCGCGAGACGAAAUGUCCUUCUCGCUACACUGAAGAGCUACUUGGAGCAGGACGCGCCUCAAGAAAGCCCGGCAUUUGGAGGACGGCAAGGUCUAGCCAGUCUGGAGAAAGCAGCGACAGCCCUGGUUGAGGCGGACUAUCUCCGCGUCACCAAAUCAUGGGGGAUCCCCGGCCACGGCGGGGCAGUAGGGCCAGAGCGCCAGGAGAUGCAUCGUCUGCUGAAUCUGGGUCAGCAGUUUUUGCAGCAGGCUUACAAGCAUGCCAAGGCGAGCGCGCCUGCCUCCUGGACGGACUUUUCUGGCCUUCUGAUGAUGGUAUCCCGGACUGAGGUGCCACUGUUUGAGAUCCUGGACCGACUUGACCGGCAGCUAGUUGAACCCAUCCACAUGAAGGCUUCCGACACGCAACGUGGAGGCCAACCAUGUGCGCACGGUCUUGGAGCUCCACUGCGACAUGGUCUUCAGGAACUUAGUCCGCGCGGCCACGGGGCCAUUGAAGGUCGUGGAAGUUGGGACCCACCUCGGAGGCUGCAUCCUAUAUGCGAUCACCCACUCGGACAAAGAGUCACGGGGCGUGGCGAUCGAUGCAUAUGGUCCAGCAAUGGCUGCACUCCGGCGCACUGUGGAGAGCAAUGGUUUGGCAGGCCGACUGGCAGUUCUGCAGCACUUCAUCUGCUCAGACGAUCGCAAGUUUACGGCGACAGUCGAGCCGACAGGGUGGCUGAGCCAGCCCGGAUGGGAGGAGCUGGUGGAGGACAGCAAGAAUGA